CGGCGCGACGGCGGCGACCAGCGAUAGACGCCUCCUCCUUACUCUCUAUGUGCGUCACGAACACACGACCUCAGCGGCGCACACUCCGGCGCGCUACAAAAGGCGGCCCCCCUGGACUUUUCUCGUUACAAAGGUUCGCACACAGCUCCGAGAGCUCUGUCAGCCCUGCCUUCUGCAAGCCAUGGCUUUCAUGAUCCCGGCCGUCCGCAACGAAUACGACAUCUACCUGAGCCGGAGUCCGCGGAACUCCGGCUCUCCGCCAACGCAGGAAUGGCAGACCAGUAGCGUCGAGGAAUACCUGAGGAGCCUGCGUGGAUCCGGGUGCCAAAACAACAACAACAACAACGUGUUCGUGAAGAACAACAACCUCUCUCCUAUCCGGGACCGUUCAUCCUGUUCUACGUCACCCCAGCGCAAGACAAGCAGAGACCUCUACGCAAUGCACGGAAACGUCGACGCUCUGCUCAUCCAGAAACUGAAGAAGUGCGACCCGUCUUAGUGACGGCGUCGGCACCCUUCACUGCUUCAUUCGCCAAGUUUCAGAACGUGCCGAAGUAACCCGGGCGCCGAGGAUGCUCAUCGAGCAACGAUGCCGGUGAUCCUUCAGGAUAUGAGGACGCCUUGCAACAAGCAAGGCCUCGAUGACGCAAUGAAGAAGCGGGAGCUCACGCACGGGACGUUCCUCAGCAGUGACCAGCAGCCCCUGGGAAGAAGAUCACAGAGCAAGUACCCUCUACCAACUGACUUGCCGUGCAAAUAUUAAGCGCCCUUCUCACGAGUCGUCUCCGCAAGACAUUUUGAUUUGUAAGCGUUAGUGCCUGAACGACGAACACUCGAAUAAAACAGCCGUUAUAACAGUUA